ACCUUGCAGUUUGUGACAUCUAAAUAGUGGGAGGUCUGAUGAACUGAACUAGACAGGCUGCAAGGAAUUCCAUUCCUGUUGAAAUCCGCGAUCCCUUGGUGGAGACAGCUCCUUUCACUUGGUGUGAUUUCUUCUGUGUGACUUUGCAAGGGGCUCUGGUAUUACUGCUAAAUGUAUGGCUCAAAGAGGGAACAGCACAAGGCAAAAGGAAGCAAGCUAACUGGCUCACAGACGGGAAAGAGAGAGGAGCCCACAGCACAGCAACUGGCUUCCCUCUAACAUGCAAUUUUGAAGUCAGCAAAAUUGAAAUCAAAUUACCAUCAUAUUGUGUGGGUGAAGGAUUAAAAAGAGGAGACUACCGACUGGCUUAACGAGGAUGAAGGAUCCAGUAAGUCAAAGAACAACCAAGUACAUCUAAUGUCUGGACUCUGAAGCCUCAUUUCAGGCUGAGAAAUGGAUAUUCUUGUGGAAGAGGAUAGUUCUGUGACCCCAACUACAAACUCCUUAAUACAAUUAAACCCUGAUAGGAGACUCUACAAAUCUGAUUUCCUCUCUGGGGAGAAUAGCACUUCUGAUGCACUUAACUGGACUGUGGACGCUGAAAAUGGCACAAACUUCUCCUGUGAAGGUGGCCUUGCACCCCCGUGUUACUCCUUACUUCAUUUCCCAGAGAAAAACUGGCCCGCAUUGCUGACAGCUAUAGUGAUUGUUCUCACCAUUGCCGGAAACAUACUUGUCAUCAUGGCAGUCACACUGGAGAAGAAGCUGCAGAAUGCCACCAAUUACUUUCUGAUGUCACUUGCCAUUGCUGAUAUGUUGCUGGGCUUCCUGGUGAUGCCAGUGUCAACAUUAACCAUCUUGUAUGGAUACAAAUGGCCCUUGCCCACGAAACUCUGUGCAGUCUGGAUUUAUUUGGAUGUGCUUUUCUCCACUGCCUCCAUCAUGCAUCUCUGUGCAAUCUCCUUGGACCGCUAUAUUGCUAUUCGGAACCCCAUUCAUCACAGUCGCUUUAACUCAAGAGCUAAGGCAUUUUUGAAAAUAAUUGCUGUUUGGACCAUAUCAGUAGGUAUAUCAAUGCCAGUUCCAGUCAUAGGCCUACAAGAUGACUCCAAAGUCUUUAAAGAAGAGAGCUGCUUACUGGCUGAUGAGAACUUUGUCCUGAUUGGCUCUUUUGUGUCCUUUUUCAUCCCCUUAGCCAUUAUGGUGAUCACCUACUUUUUAACAAUAAAGACACUUCAGAAAGAAGCUACUUUAUGUGUGAAUGAUGUUGGCCCAAAGAACAAAUUGUCAUCUUUCAGCUUCCUCCCUCAAAGCUCCCUGUCUUCAGAAAAGCUCUUCCAGCGUUCCUUGCACAAGGAACCCGUGUCUUAUGGAAGGAGGACUAUGCAAUCUAUCAGCAAUGAACAAAAGGCUUCCAAAGUCCUGGGUAUUGUUUUCUUCCUGUUUGUUGUAAUGUGGUGUCCUUUUUUCAUCACUAAUGUGAUGGCAGUCAUCUGCAAAAAAUCAUGCAAUGAAAAUAUCAUUGGGAUUCUGCUGAAUGUAUUUGUUUGGAUUGGUUACCUCUCUUCUGCUGUCAAUCCAUUAGUGUAUACACUGUUCAAUAAAACUUACCGGUCUGCUUUUUCUCGUUAUAUUCAGUGUCAGUACAAGGAGGAUAAGAAACCUCUUCAAUUGAUUUUAGUGAACACCAUACCUGCAUUAGCUUAUAAUUCUAGGCAAGUCCAAAUGCCACAGAAAGAUGAUGAAAAGAAAGACUCUGAGGUGACGGAUAAAGACUACACUGGAAUUGAUAUCGGGAUACAUAAUUUAGAUAAUUCACCCAAGGAUAGUGUCAUCCCAGUGAAUGAAAAGGUUAGUUCUGUGUGAUCACAUUAGAUAGUGAGUGGCAACCAUGGAGUACACAAUGAGAAAGUAUUCACCUAACUGAAAAAUAGGAAAAGACUUGGAAAAAUUAGGCCAGUUUAACAGAUCUAUAGAUAUCAUCAACAUAUUCCUAAUGUCAUUCUAUUAAUGAAAAGCAGAGUUAAAUACCAUAAAAUUGCAUCUUUUUAAAAAAAAUAAAAGAAUUCAUAAAGAAUUUCAGCUAUUUUAAGCAUAGCCUUUACUAAACUUAUUUUUUAAUAUCUUAAAAAAUAUAUUUCUUAAAGGCAAAUACCAUUUAUGGUAUAAUUUUAAUGAUGGCCACAAAUAAAUCAAUUUUGAUAUUUUUUCUUUUGAAAAUAAAAACUAUGCCACUGUGUCAUUUAUUGACAGCAUAGGAUUGAAUUAAUUACUUUCUGGUAUAAUUAUUAAUAGAAAGAAAUUUGAAAAUAAUAAAUAUUUUUAGAACCUUUGGAACAAAGGAUAAUGUUAAUUAAUCUGUCAACAUAUAUUAAUUUUGAAAAAAACACCCAGGUACUUGUCUUAUAAUAAUUGUAUUAAGGAAAUAAUUACAUAGACAAUUUGGUAAUAUUUUAUUAUUAUUUAUUCAGAUACCAUUCUAAAGUAUAAGUGUGCCCUCUGCUAUUUACCAUAUGCUGUGUUUCAAGUUAAUUUUCCUCAGAAGUUAUAAAAUGCCAUUCAGUUAAAACCAUUUCUAGUUUCUUUUCGGGAAAAAAAAAUUCUAUGCUUUAUUCUCAAUUUCUCUUGUUUCCUCAUGCCAGAUUUUGGACAUAUUGAAAGGACUGAGUCAUUCUACCAAACAGAUUUAUAGAAAUUGUUUGUGGAAAAAUUUGCUUUUAAUAUGUCCUUUGAUUUUUUCUGUGAUGCCAUGUCUUCAUGACAACAACAAUAACAAAGUUUUGGAAAUGAAUCAGAACAGAUGAUUCUUCACAGCAACAUCUGAGGUCAUGUCUAAGAUCAUACUAGUUGGAUGUGUUCAGUCAUUACAACUAUCUACAAUUGCUACUAAUCAGUAGAAAUGACCCUAUUCAUAUUAGUCAUUAAAACAACAGAAGAAGAAUUAAAGAAAAUUGAAGUCAUCUUUAGUUCAAUUCACAGACAUUUACAAAAAAUAACGUGGGAAUAAAUUUUUUUCCUUUCAGUUUCCUUUUCCCACUACCACCCAUCCACUCAAAAAAAGUUGUUACUGGUACAUU